CUCUUUGUGUAGGAAUGGGCACGGCGAAUGCCUCUUGUUGCUUUUCUAAUUUCCUCUUGCUAGCUUUUCAGGGGUUUUGUUUUGGUUUUUGUGUGUGUGUAUGUGUGUUUUAAGUGGGCGGAUUGGGGCAAACACAGACGGCCAAAAACGUGCUUUCAUCCCUAAUCUCCUUCCUGUAUUGUUUGCAUUUUUAAAUUUUACUUUAACUUUUUAAAAACUUUUUUUUUUGGCCCUGCCCUGGGCUGGAUUGUGGUGUUCCCAUGUGCAGCUGGUGGUUAAGAGUAGCUCGCGCGGCCAGGAGGAAACGGCAGCAAAAAAGAGCACCUCCUCCAUCUCUGAUGAGUUACAGACUUGAAACAGAACAGAGAAUGCCUCCCUCACGUAGCCAGCAGCUCCCCCUGAGCCUGUGCAAGCAGCAAGGCUUGAAUCAGGACAGAUCUGCCAGCAGUUCCACCAUGUCGGAUAGUGACAUAGGGGAGGAUGAUGGGAAUGUAUCUCUGGACCUGUUGCAGGCUGGCAAGAGGAAGCGAAGGGGCAAUCUGCCAAAGGAAUCUGUGAAGAUUCUCCGUGAGUGGCUACAUGAGCACAGGUACAAUGCGUAUCCAUCGGAACAAGAGAAGCUCAGCCUUUCUUUGCAGACAAACCUUUCUAUUCUUCAGAUCUGUAACUGGUUCAUCAACGCCAGGCGCAGGCUUCUGCCCGACAUGCUGCUCAAGGAUGGCAAGGACCCCAACCAGUUCACCAUUUCUCGCCGAGGUGCCAAAGCCAACGAGGUCGCGUUGUCCCGUGGUGCUGCCGCAAGUUCUGGGCUGUUGAUGGUGCCUCCGGCAGCGGCUGCAGCCGCCGCCACUGCCUCAAAAGUCUUGUCUGUGUCUGUGUGCCCCCCCAUGAUCUGUAACGCUGCACAACCUCUGGCUAGCAGCUUGACUGUGGUGGCGAGCGAGCAGGAGCAUCAGGCUGCAUUCCAACAGGUUGGUCUGGAAACUCACUCCAAGCAACCACCGCUGAGUGCCCCUGGCAGCACUCUGGCUCUUCUGACCCGGGCGGAUGCAGCCAGCCCCACCACGGGACUCUUCAACACACCACCUCCAACCCCCCCUGAGCUCUUUGGAGAGGACUUCAGCAGUUUCCAGAUGCUGGUGGAAGUGGCCCUGCAGCAGGCCGCUCUGCAGCAGGCAACUGAGCUCGACGCACAGAGGCCGAAUGGGCAGCUACCUCCAUCGCUGCAGAGAGAGGCGCCAGCUCCUGCCCUCUCCAGAAGCGCCAAGUAGCCCGCUCCACCUGAGUCCCUCUCGGAGGCCUUCCUCUCUUUCUUCCAGGGUCCGUUUUCCGUUGGGCUCUGGGUGCUGAGGGGCCUCCGGCCAGAUGUUUACUGCUGUGACAGGGCUUCCUCUCGGCCAGGAGCAUGACCACGGAGGCCUGCCUUGCUUUGGCUCUGCGCUGCCACCUCAUUUCAGAAGCAAGCCACCGGACCACACAGAAACACACCCUCCCCCUCAAGGAGCGGGGAAUGUGUUUUGCUUUGGUAGGCAUUACACUUUGGAUCCGGCAAGCAUCUUCCUUGUGGGGGCCGCAGGGGCCUGAAUCACGCACAUACUGCUCUUGAAAGGGCCAAGAGGUCUAACUUGCUCUGAGAUAACUUUUGCUGGCUGAGGUUUUAUUAUUGUGACAGUCCUUGUUGUGGAGGGCUUGUGCAGAGUUUGUCCCCCCCCCCACAUACACUUUCAAAGCCUGCAACUUCAUGGAAGAGAACAGGAAAGAAGUCCAAGAUGUAAUGGAGCAGGUUCAUCAAAAACAAGUACCUUCCCCCCGCCCCUGUAAGUUACUCCCCCCCAUCUUCUGGUUUUUUUGGUGGGGGGGUUGGUGGGGGGAUUUUUUUGUUUUGUGUGUAGUGUGGGUUUUUUGUGUGUGUUGGGUUUUUUUUUUACACUGUGGCAUUUCUUAACAUACUCUGUACAGUGUGAAUGAGAGUGGCUGGUUCCCUUGCAUCACACUCAGCGGGUGUUCCUGCGAUGAUCAGAUUAACUGGAAACUUAAAAUUUUGUGGCAUUCUUCUUUCUACUGGAGUUAAAAAAAAAAAAAUCCCACCACCCUGCAAAAACCACUGCCAGUAAAUCUCUAGGGUGCUCUUGAGUGAUUUUUUUCUUUUCUUUUCUUUCCCCUUUUGAAGAUGCUGGCAGAAGUUGACUUGGAUUUUAUGAUUACAUUCAUUAUUGUGCCCAAGCUGCUGUUCCCUUUAUUUCUCCUAUGUGGUGUCUGGAAAUGUGAUAGUAGAAUGGGAUGCAGAGUAUGCUGGGAGAAUGUUGACCAAAUGCAGCCGAGGGCAUUUCAGAGGUGGGGAGGGAGAGGAAAUGAAACACAAUUGACUGUGAAGUUGCUUUAAAUGCCCCCCUCCCUUUAAAUAGUUCAUACUGAGCACAGAUCUUAAUUCUGUGUGUCUUGCAUAGGGCAUUCUCUGGAAACCUUAAAGCAUCUUUAGGGAUGCACUGACCAAACUACCUAUCCAACCGCAUCUCAAGUUAUUUUUUUGUAUCCUUGCUUUCAUCAUGCUGAAUGUAGUUGCUCCUUUGCUGAUGGAGCAAGGGUGUCCUCUAGUGGCUGGGAAGGGAAAUUGAACAGAGCAGGGUCUUCCAUGGUGAAUUGCAACCUCUCUUGCUGGCUGAAGCUAUAUAUGACCCUGAUAUCGCACUAAUCAUGCAAGGAGGUAUCUGCAGCCUUGAUUAAAUAUUAGACCCGGCAAGAGUAUGGAGGCCCAUAUCUGGGAGGGAGUCAGCCUCGGGCUUAGG